AGAUUGGCGUGUGAUAAAAUAUCUACAGGGAUUAGAGUCCUAACCGAGCUCCCCCCUGUUCUCGACUUGCAGGGCCCAAAACGUCCUCCGUCAUUUCCUGAGAGGGGAGAGCUUGUCGUCAUUACCAGCAUCGUAACAUACUAACAUUUGCCUUUGAGCUUGGCAAGCAAUUCCGACGAGAUGUUCCAGAUCAUUGUUCACCCAUCGUCGACGAGGCCGGCACAACCUCCAGAUACUAACUCACCAGCAUUUCAUCAUAGCCACUCAGAACAUGUUCACGGUAGCAUAGCUCGGAUGUGUGCCAUUGUUUGCUUGACUUUGCAUUCAUAGCAUUGAAUAUUUUCUUUGCCUGAGACUGUACCAAAAUACCAUCCAUAUGUGUACGCCAAUAUCUCGACCAUCCACUGCUCUAUUCAACCUUCACUCAUGACUUUCGUCAAUGAGCAGCAGAGUAGAUCUGAGAAACCUCAUCCAUACCUGCACGGCAACUUUGCUCCCAUUCACAAGGUGCAGCCUCUUACACCUUGUACCUACGCAGGAUCGAUACCUGACGAGCUUGCCGGCGGCGAGUACGUUCGAAAUGGUGGAAAUCCUGUUACAAACGAAGACUUGGGACGAGAUGCACAUUGGUUCGACGGAGAUGGGAUGUUGAGUGGGGUGGCUUUCAGAAGGACGGAGAAUGGAAUACAACCAGAAUUCGUAAACGCAUACCUCCUUACCGACGCAUAUCUAUCAAGUGUUACCACACCAUCCUUACGACUACCCAUACUCCCAAGCAUAGCUACACUUGUUAACCCUGCUUCGACUCUUUCCCGCAUCAUCCUUCGAAUCUUUCGAACGUUACUUCUCGCUCUCCUUUCACAUCUUUCCGGCUCCCAACAAGCAAUCAAAAAGAUCAGUGUUGCCAAUACUGGUGUCCUCUAUCACGAUGGGAGGGCGUUGGCAACCUGCGAAAGUGGACCACCACUGCGAGUCUCACUUCCUGGCCUAGAGACAAUCGGUUGGUUCGAUGGAUGCAAGGCAGAGGGAGAGCCAAUUACGGAAGCAAUACCCGGAGAUGUAUUUGGAGGAGAGGGCGUUCUCAGCUUCAUGAAAGAGUGGACGACCGCACAUCCUCGAGUGGACCCUCGGACAAAGGAACUCAUACUUUUUCAUUCAACUUUUCUAGCGCCAUUUGUAUAUUAUUCCAUUAUACCCAGUACGCAAAAUUCUUCUCUUACCCAACCUCGAAUCGUUAAUGCGGCGGUCCCUGGCAUCAAGUCGGCGAAAAUGAUGCACGAUUUCGGAGUUUCGUUUACACAUACUGUUAUUAUGGAUCUUCCUCUAUCUCUGGACCCUAGAAAUCUCGCUCGUAAUGAGCCGGUUGUCUCUUAUGAUCCUGCUGGUCGGUCGAGAUUUGGUGUGUUCCCGAGGUGGAAUCCCGAAGCCGUUCGAUGGGUCGAUACGAACCCAUGUUGUAUAUUUCACACAGCAAAUACAUGGGAUGAGGUAUCAAUUAACCCUUUGACCAACACCAUGGAGACUACAGCAGUCAACAUGCUGGCUUGUAGGUUGACAAGUGCCUCCUUGGUCUUUAGUGCCGGAGACGUAGCAGCACCAAUCCCGAGACCAAGCAGAAAGGUUACUUACCCUGCUGAAGAGGAGCAAUGUCGACUCUAUUACUACCGUUUCGACAUGUCUGGCUCUGAGAACAAAAUCUCUCACCAGUUCUCUUUGACUGCCAUCCCAUUCGAAUUCCCUUCUCUUCGAGAUGACGCUUCGAUGUCAAAUGCGCGAUACAUCUAUGGAUGUUCCGUCUCAGACAGCACAUUCGGCGCAGCACUUGGCCGUGCUGUCAAGAUCGAUUCUCUCGUCAAAGUGGAUACCACUGCUCUCAUUGAUCGUGCAGCGCAAUCUCCACCAAUACCUUUAAGCGGCUGUGUCGAUACUCGCACCGUACCUGAGAUCCUCUCCUCACAUGAUCCCUCUGAUCCAAUCAAGAUCUUUAAACUCCCUCCUGGAUUCUAUGCUCAAGAGUCUCGAUUUGUGCCUCGUCAAGAUGGAACGUCAGAAGACGAUGGCUGGAUACUGUCCUAUGUCUUCGACGAAAGUCAACUCGAUUGCAAUGGAAAUGCAGGGCCAAGUGCCAAGAGUGAGCUCUGGAUCAUAGACGCCAGGGAGAUGAGGGAGGUUGUUUGCAGAGUUCAUCUUCCGCAACGAGUACCCUAUGGCCUACACGGGAAUUGGUUCAGCGAAGAAGAAAUACUGAGCCAGCGACCUAUCGAGACCAUCCGACAUCUCCCUGUGCCAAGAGGCAAGGUCUUGAAUGAGCUAGAUGACCAAGGCGUCUGGAUGGAGGCCUGGAUGGGAGUGAGAAAGUGGGUAUUGGAGACGAUUGGAUAGAUCAUCUCUUGAUCAUUGUAUAUUCGAGUAUUGUAUAUAUAGGGUGUGGCAUGGCAUCCUCGCUUAAUGCAUUUCUGGCGCUGAGGGAAAAGGGGCCGGUUGGUCUGGAUUAUGAUACUUUUCGUAGCAUUACAUACCCCGUUAUAUGGCACCGCAUUGCGUCGGAUUACGAAAUGAUAGAUAAUGCAU